GCACCCGCGCCGCCCAUGAGCCUCCUCCGCGCCGCCGCCGCGCCAGCGCCCAGGAGCCUCCUCCGCGCCGCCGCCGCACCCGCGCUGCACACCCCGCUCCGCUUGCUCGCGAGAAGGCUGGCCGCCAUGGCGGAGCCGCUCAAGUCUGUGGACUACGAAGUGUUCGGGAGAGUGCAGGGUACAUCCCGACCCCGGGAGGCCGGGACGGGGCUGUGGGAGGGCCGGGAGGAAGCUAGUGCCCUGCGCCUUAGGUACACAGAAGGAGAAGCUAAGAAGAGAGGAGUGGUUGGCUGGGUGAAGAAUACUAGCAAAGGGACUGUGACAGGUCAAGUGCAAGGUCCCGAAGAAAAGGUGGAUUCCAUGAAAGCCUGGCUAAGCAAGGUUGGGAGUCCUAGUUCUCGCAUUGACCGGACAGACUUUUCUAAUGAAAAAACCAUCUCUAAACUGGAAUACUCUAAUUUUAGUAUUCGAUAUUAAUGGGAGAAAAAUAACAAUUGUAAAGUUACAUUGCAGGAAAUAAAACACAUUCUUAAAUUUGUAAUAAUAGGAUUAAAAAUGGAAACUUUCUGUUCUGGAAAUCUCAGAAUUGUAUGUUACUAAAAUGUCUAAAACUGAAAAACUUUUACCCACCUAUGUUUUUAGCAAGAAGAAACCAAAUAUUAUAAAAUAAAAUGUUGUAACGUAUCAGAUAUGAUCAUUCAAGUGAA